AUGGACCACCACCACCACCACCACCACCACCAUCAUGAUGACACCCAUAUUCAUGGGGAUUCGCAUGGACAUAACUACGCUGAUGCUAACAAACAGUACUUCAACGAAACUGCUCAGAAGUGGCAUGCACAUCCCGAAGCGCAGGAGAUGGCCCGCAGGCUUACGGCCGCGAUGAAGAGCACAUAUCCGACACUAUUCGAUGAAGAGAGAACUACAGUGCUGGACUUUGCUUGCGGCACGGGUUUGAUCUCCCGAGAGCUGUGUGCAGACACUACGUCCAUCGUCGGUGUUGACAUCAGCAGCGGGACGGUGGAUCAGUACAAUUUGCGCGCGUCGAACCAAGGUCUGGCCCCAGAGGAGAUGAGGGCGAUCUGCGUUGACCUGAAAGGAACGGAAGGUGAACUUGACGGAGCCAAAUUUGACGUGGUCGUGUGUGCAUCCUCUUUUCACCACUUCUCUUCCGUUAAAGACGUCAUGCGGACGUUGGUCUUCUUCUUGAAGCCAGGCGGAUCGCUGCUCGUGACGGAUGUCAUGAAGGACGCUGACGAGAGCGAACUUUUUCCUCAGAACGUUCACCACAUCGUUGCCCAUCCUCACGGAUUUGACAAGUCGGAUAUGCGGAAGGUGUUUGAAGGGGCUGGUCUCUCAGACUUCCGCUUUACUUCCGCAUUUUCUGCCAAGUUUCACGGUAAAGAUGUCAAAUGUUUUCUGGCGAAAGGUGUAAAGCAGGAAUGA